AAGCAUUUCUUUACAAGCUAAAUUAUUAUGAGUUUUUUAUGCUAUUUGCUUUUUCUGAAAAAAAUCUGUCAAUUCUUGUGGUGUUAGUUGAUGAAUAAUGAUGUGGAUGGUGAUACAGUUGAUUGUGGCCUCACUGAGAGCAUGAUCGCAGUACUCUUUCAAGGAUCUUUCAAGAAGCAACUGAAAUUUAAUCAGUUCUUGUCCAAGCAAAAGGAGUCUGUGAUAUCAAUCACUUUAGAACCUGUCUCUCCAGAAGAAUGGCAGCAAGGUACUUCUUCAGCAUCAUCCAGCCUUGUAACAAGUAUGGGACUGCCUUCUACUUUUGAAAUCCCGGUUUUCCCAAAAAGUCUGCAGACAAAGCUUGACCAGAAAGAACCAUGUCAGAAAAACCCAAAGGAUAGACACACAAUAAUCAGAGUCCUCUAUGAAGCUGUUGCACAGCAUACAAUGUAUCCCACAAAUGCGGAAUAUGUCCAGGCUGUAAAGAUGUUGAUUGUGAAGUAUCCUUUUCUCAGGGAUCUUGAGGGAAAUGGUUAUCAUACAUGGCACAUGUCUCUGAAGCGUAAAUUUAAAUUUGAGCGUGCACCCCUGAUUCACAAUGAUGAAGUGAGACGCAGCAAGGAGAGGUUUGGGUUCAAAGGAUCAAAGCAGCCUGUUGAAUCUAAAGGAACAAGUCAGAGAAAUGUUUCCAAGGUUCCAAAUGUCAUUGGUGAGGAUCCAUUUUCCAUUGAGGCUCAUGUAAAGGUCUUACACAGCCAGUAUCAGAAGCUGCAACCAGACACAAAAAUUGUCAAAGAUCGUAUGCAGCAGACCUUUGCAUGGCGGCGAAAGGAGAUCGUAGAUGGCAUGACUUUGGCAGACACGCUUGAAAAAUACCCUUUCUUAAGAUCAUCAACAGGCGUAAGUGGCUUAAAAUGAAAUGGAUUUUCUCACCAUGAUGUGAAGUAUGUUAGUCUAGACCAGGGAUUCACAAAGUUAUGUGCCGGUAGGGGCUG